CUCCUUCCCAUCCCAAGCCCCUUGGCACAGAAUCAAGCCUCGACCCCAACUGUGCCUCGUCGCCAAUCCAUUCUCAACGCCAUCAGACCCGUCUUGGAGCCAUGUCGCCCGUUUGAAUGUUUACAUCCAUGAGAGUUCCCGCCUCGGCCGCCCCUGCUGCUGGACCAGUAUAGUCACCGAGGAUGGACGACCCGGCGCGGGUGCGGAGGGCCCAACUCUUCGACGGCCAGCCCACCACCACCGAGUCGUAUCGCCACUGUGUCCCCUUCAAGCUUCCCUCGGACGGCGUCAUCCAGAUCAACCCAGAAUACGCUGUCACGUUGACAGCCGACGCUGUCUUCACUCCACAAUGCACGAGCGCACAGAAAACGCAGGCGUUGGGCGAGGAGAUGGGCGGCGUAACGAGCAUUUCGGACAUGCGGGACCCUUUCCACGCUUCUAUCACCCCGCAGGCCUAUGCGACGGGCGCCGCGACCGUCAUCGCGUGGAUGCUUGUCAUCAUGCUUCUCAUAACACCACGCACCUUCUUCGUAGGUGGGUCAGGAGGGAGGUCGGGAUUGAUGGGCAGACGCGGCAUAAUCGGCGGAGCCACUGGAGGGGGAUCGAUUAUUGGAGUCGGAACACGCCCUUGGCUGCAAAAGGUCGCUGCGCUGACCGUCGCCAUUUCGCUGACGCUUGCUACCGCCGACACGUUCAAGAUCGCCGAAGUGCAGUACAAGGAGGGCUUCAUGGAUGCGAUGAAGCUGCGAGACGAGGUCGUGUCUGGCAUGGAGAUCAAGGUGUCACGUGUCAUCUCAGACGUGUUCCUCUGGCUCGCACAAGUCCAGACACUGAUACGCCUAUUCCCGCGACAUAAAGAGAAGGUUAUUAUCAAAUGGGUCGGAUUCGCACUCAUAGUCCUAGACAUCACGUUCAGCUCCCUCAACAGUUUUGGCCCGUACAACGACAACGGCCGUCCUCGCCAUUUCGAAACCGCCAUCCCAGCUUUGAGUUACCUCUUUCAGUUAUCCCUUAGCAUGCUCUACGCUGCCUGGGUCAUGUACUACGCCAUCACGAAGCGCAGAUACGCCUUUUAUCAUUCCAUGAUGUGGAAUAUCACCAUCGUCGCUCUUCUUUCCCUUGUUGCCAUUCUUACCCCUGUUGUUUUCUUUAUUACCGAUAUCUCUAAUUACACCAUUGCCGGUUGGGGAGACUAUUUUAGAUGGGUGGGUGCUGCAGCAGCUAGUGUUAUUGUUUGGGAGUGGGUGGAACGAAUCGAGGCACUAGAAAGAGAGGAAAGGAAAGAUGGAAUUCUUGGAAGAGAGAUUUAUGAUGGGGAUGAGAUGCUCGAGACUACACCUUCUCUGGAGGUUAGCUGGCCCCGACCACAUCGAAAUAGCUGGGUAUCCGACAAUGGAGAUCCAAAGAAGCCAGGCGAUGGCGGCGCUGGUGGAGGAGGAGCCUUCGCGUCGGGUGCGGCUGGCCAUAGCUUCAGCAGUCUUGCCCAACGACUGGGGCGAUCGAGAAUCCAACGAAAGACAGAGGCCCAGAAGAAACGAACAAUCCAUAUCCCGCCGCCUGCGCCCGCACUCCGUCGAUCUGAGUCUGGUCAACGAUCAAAUCGGAACUCACGAUCCUAUAUUCCUUUACAGAGUCCUCUCCCUAUUCCUGUUAUCUCGUCACCUGUUAGUAGAACAGACACAACAAGUGCAGACAGCACAGUGUAUACGAUACGCUAUCAUCCUAUUAGCAAUUCCCCGCCAACAGUAAGACACCCUGUCUCGGUGGAGGACCGGUUAGGACGUACUCCUUCAAACAGUGCGCAAAAUACACAGGGUCACUCAGCAAAUGAGGACCCAGAGAAAGCUUCAGAGGAAGCGGAACGAACGCAAGGCAGAAGCAGAUGGCAUUGGCAGGCUGUAGCCAAUCCGUUCAGACGAAGAGGUCGAUCGCCGCCGCCCGAAGUCCAGCGAGGAAGAGUUAUCGAGCCGCUAGGUAUAGAGGACGUUUCAGCCAACAUUCCGCCGCGGAACUAUACCGGCCUAGCACUGAAAGAUCGAUUAGGGACAUUAGCUGCGCAGCAAGGAGAGAGGUUCCGCAAGAAGAGCAGUGGCGGACAGCAAACAGAGCUCAACCUUCCUGUCACAAUAAUUCCUGCUCAGCCACGAGGAAGGACAUGGUCACCUGAGAUUCUGCUGCAGCAACAGCCACAAGUGUCUAGCACAGCAGGUGUUCAAGUCUCGAGAGAUCCACCCCGAUCAGUGCCCAUGGGCACGGAGAUCCACGAUACUCCAUCAACUCCUCAGCUAUAUGGGUCUCCGAAUCCGGCCGAUGCUACACAGGAACCGUCAGGCUCGCCGUCACAUCAUAACUCACGUGUUCGGUUUACCCCAGAGACGUUCCUGAUACCGGGUACAAGGCAAUCAGUGGACACAGAAGCGAGGAUGUCUCCACAUCCACACUCUGUUAUAUCGCUAGGAACAGAGAAACGGGAACCCCAAGCAUCCGACUCCUCUCUAAAGGCAUCUAAUGAACAGUCCGCAAAUGCCACCAACAUAGCGAACGGCCGUGUAUCACCCACCAACCAUAACAGGUAAUGGUAUCUACCACUCUCGGUAAUCUUCCUUCUGUACCUACGAAACAUGUUUCUGAGCAUCAAUUUUGAUUCAAGAAUCUGGAAAAGGCGCAUGGUCGGCGACAUGGGAAACACAGGCGGGUCUUUGGAAGCGAACUGCAUAACAUUGGGCAUGAGAUUUUGGCGAACUGGUGACGUGUUUUUCUUUGGAUCUGGGAGGUUUCUUUUGGCGAUUACUGUGGUAUUCCUAGGAUGGAAACGAUACCCGCCCGAGUUCUGAGAUUUGGCUGAUUCAAUCAUUGGGUUGGGAUGGGAAAAUCAUGGGAUUGUGGGCGUGCGGAUUGCAAGCGAGCAUGUUUAGAUUUAGGAAUAUUGAGACAAUGCGUAGCAAGCAAGCCAGUAGG